AUGAUCAUGGAUGCUCGACUCAAACCUGCGAUUCUGGUCGUCUCCGACACGGCCGCUCUCAACCCGGCCUCCGACAAGACCGUCGAUGCCCUGGCUCCGAUCCUGGCCGCCGAGGGCAAGUGGGAGGCUCCCACCGUCAAGAUCGUCCGCGACGACGUCCUCGACAUCCAGCGCGCCGUCUGCGACUGGACCGAUGGCUCGAAUUGGGUCAACCUGGUCCUGCUCACCGGUGGCACGGGCUUCGCGGUUAAAGAUAACACGCCCGAGGCCGUAUCACCGCUGAUCCACCGUCCGGCGCCUGGUCUGGUUCAUGGCAUGCUGGAUGCCUCGCUCAAGGUCACUCCUUUUGCCAUGAUGUCGCGACCCGUCGCCGGUGUCCGUGACAAGUCCCUGAUAAUCACCUUGCCCGGCUCCCCCAAGGGUGCCAAGGAGAAUCUCGAGGCGGUGGUCAAGCUUCUGCCGCACGCCUGUGUCCAAGCCGCAGGCGCCAAUUCGCGGCUCCUACAUGCCGGCGGCAUGAAGAAGCUAGAGGCCGAGGCUGGUGUGAGGGCUGCGGCAGCUACCGCACCGAGCACGAAGAGCCACUCCCACGACCACCACCACCAUCACCAUCACAACCAUGGCCACGGCCAUAACCAUGGACAUGUUGUCCCCAAGGCGCACACGUCGCCCGCGAAACACCCGCAAUCAAAUGACCCGGGGGCUGGUCCCACCCGGCGGUACCGCAGCUCGCCGUACCCGAUGCUUUCGGUGGAUGAGGCGCUCGAGAAGAUCACCCAGCAGACACCAGAACCAGUGGUCGUUGAAGCCCCCGUGGACACCACCUUGGUGGGCGCGGUGGUCGCGGAAGAUGUCUAUGCCGCAGAGCAGGUCCCUGCGUAUCGUGCCAGCAUUGUCGACGGAUACGCCAUCAUUGCACCCGCGUCGGGCGGCAAUACUAAGGGAGUGUUCCCCGUGGCCUCGAUCACUCAUGCAAAUGAGAGCGGAGACCUGCAGCCGCUGCAGCCAGGCACGAUCGCUAGAAUCACCACGGGUGCUCCUCUGCCUCUGAAUGCCAACGCCGUCGUUAUGGUCGAGGACACCGACUUGGCUUCGACCACUCCCGACGGCAAUGAAGAAGCCACCGUGGAGAUCCUCGCGGAAGACAUCAAGCCCGGUGAAAAUAUCCGUGAACCCGGCAGCGACGUGUCCCUGGGCAGCAAGAUCCUCUCGCGCGGAGACCUGAUCACCCCCGUCGGCGGAGAGAUUGGCCUGCUGGCUGCGACAGGCACCAGAUCCAUCAAGGUCUUCCGCAAGCCCCGCGUCGGCGUUCUCAGCACGGGCGACGAGCUCGUCGAACACACCGACUCCCGAACUUUGACCGGUGGACAGAUCCGCGACUCCAACCGUCCAUCCCUGCUCUCCUGCCUGGCCUCCUGGGGCUUCCCGACAGUCGACCUAGGCAUCGCGCGCGACACCCCAGCCAGCGAGCUGGAACACGCCCUCCGCGAUGCCCUGCGGGGAGUCGGGCGUGCCUCCGACAGCGUCGACAUCAUCGUCACGACCGGCGGCGUCUCGAUGGGCGAGCUGGAUCUCCUCAAGCCAACGAUCGAACGCACCCUCGGCGGAACCAUCCACUUCGGCCGCGUAUCCAUGAAACCAGGCAAACCAACCACCUUCGCAACCGUGCCUUUCAAAGCAGCCACGGACGAAUCGGGCUCCGUCUCCUCCCAGCAAGAACGCCAGUCGAAACUCAUCUUCUCCCUCCCCGGCAACCCAGCCUCCGCGCUGGUAACCCUCAACCUCUUUGUGCUGCCCUCCCUGCACAAGCUCAUGGGCAUGGGUGUGGGUGUGGACGCGAACGAAACCAAAUCUAUGAAAUUGUCCAAGUCCACCAUCCCGCAGUCUCUCGGCCUACCCCUCGUCGCCGUCGUGCUGACCCACCACUUCCCUCUCGAUCCCAAGCGCACGGAGUACCACCGUGCCGUGGUGACAGCUUCCCGUUGCGAUGGAAGGCUGUAUGCCACCAGCACGGGUGUUAAGGGUGUCGGACAGCGCAGCUCGCGGGUUGGUAGUCUCGCCAGUGCAAAUGCGCUGGUGGUUCUGCGUGCUGGACGCGGCGUUGCUAUUAAGGGGGAGAUCAUUGAGGCGCUCCUUAUGGGGCCUGUUCAUGCUGGUGAGGUGAGGGUUAAGGCCUAA